AUAUUUAAAAUUCCUCGACUCCAAACCAAAACUCUCACUCACUCUUUUGCUCGCCUUCAGAUUCCAUCCAUGGCUACUUCCGAGUUCAAGAAGAUUCAUAUUCACAGGGACGAUAGUAUAUUUGAUGCAUAUUUGGUUGGCAAAGAAGACGCGCCUGGAAUCGUUGUUCUUCAUGAAUGGUGGGGAGUUGAUUUUGAGAUCAAGAACCAUGCACUCAGAAUUUCUAAAAUUGAAUCUGGCUACAAAGUACUUAUACCCGAUUUAUACCGUGGAAAAGUUGGUCAUGAUGCUGUAGAAGCAAAACAUUUGAUGGAUUGUCUUGAUUGGCCAUGUGCGUUAAAGGACAUCCAAGCUUCGGUUAACUGGCUCAAGUGCAAUGGCUCACGGAAGGUUGGUGUGACUGGAUUUGGCAUGGGUGGUGCUCUUGCUAUUGCAAGUUCCGUUUGUGUCGCUGAUGUUGUUACUGCUGUAUCAUUUUAUGGAGUUCCUCCUCUUCACUUUGCAGAUCCUGCUAAAAUCAAAGCACCUGUACAAGCUCAUUUCGGUGAACUUGACAAUAUUGCUGGAUUUUCGGACAAAAAGACUGCGAAAGCUCUGGAAGAAAAACUGAAGGCGUCGGGAAAGCAAUAUGAGGUACAUUUAUAUCAUGGAGUGUCACAUGCAUUUAUGAACACUUCUCCUGAAGGUGAGAAAAGGAGAAAGAGUUUAGGGAUGAUUGACGAAGACAUAACUGGUACAGCUGACGUGGCAUGGUCUCGUUUCCAAGCCUGGAUGAACCGUUAUUUAUGAGCUUGAGCUCAAUCAUAAUUGAGGUAAUAAUAAACCGAAACACCAUCUUAGGAAUCAAUGAUGUGGUAUAUUUGAUGCUAAAAUGGUGUGUGUAUUGUUUGUAAAAUCAGUUUUUUUUUUCUGUUAAGUUGUUGAUAUCAUUUCAAUUAUGUGAUGUGUAACCCUCUCGAACUAUUUGAUAUUAAAAUGGUGUGUAUAGAAAUGUUAUCUAGUGCCUAGAA